CGCGCGCGUAACGUUGUUCAAAAUAUCGCCUUCAACCCGCAUUACUCGACUGAAGACCUGACUAAAGAUGAGUACGUCAACAUGAAACCAAUCCCAAGGGCAAAACAUACGAACAUAGCAUACGAAGGAUAUGUGGACGAUACUAGAUGGCAUCACCACCAUUACGAAGAUCCCUCUACUUUGACUAACAAAGACGUGCUCGCAAUUUCUUCCCAUCGCAGAAGGRAUAACGASCUUUACGAGCCUACAGGUCCAUUGCACUCCAGAAAACUGUUCCUGGAGUCGUUAGAUUCUUCGAAUGAUAGUCGCCCGGUAAAGAAUGGUAAAGAUUCCUGUUUGAGUAAUUUAGUGCUGUUCUUGAUUCUCGUCGUAUCUGUCACUGCUCUUGUACUCGUGGUGCUGCUGAUCAUGGGGUUUAUUGGGUCUACAUGUUCAUGUACAGGACAAGUUGCGUCUCGUAAUGUUGCUUCACAAACCUCUGUUAACCCUUUGUAYGAUGAAAUGGCUGAGUUAAGAAAAAACCUUUCCAYCCUGUCCACACAAAUGACACAAGAAAUGAGAACAUUACAAAAUAAACUAAACACAGCAGAACAGCGAAUAGAACUCCUUAAGACGAACGUGAGCAUCACGACUACAAGUCUCCAGCAACAAUACACCGCCGUAAACACUAAAGCAAGGGAGAAUGCGAAUGAYAUAACAUCACUGAAGAAUGGGUUGACUACAGUGUGGUUACAAGCAAACACGACUAGGGAUAAACUUGAUGCUCAUGUUAAUGAGUACAAUGCUCUUAAAUCACAGCUGGAAAAUUAUACCACAGUGUUGAGAACAGCGGAUGAGUCGCUCACAACCUUCGUAGAUAAUAUCAACAAUACACUUACAGCAAAGAUUGAUGCAGUGUCUAAGAUGCCAGGACCUCCAGGACCACAGGGUCCCCCUGGAAUCAACGGUACUCAAGGAAUCCAGGGUCCACCGGGGAUAGAUGGAACUCCAGGRUCWCCMGGUGUACCGGGGKCUAAUGGUUCAACAGGCCCGCAGGGGGCUCCUGGUGCAACAGGAGAACCAGGUCCACGGGGCUUCAAUGGUUCAGCAGGACCCGUUGGUCCAAAGGGAGACCAAGGAGCAGGAAAUCUUACACAAUGUGUGGUGAAGACAAAAAAAGAAGUAGCGACUAGCGGGCCUGCUGCAGAACGGACAGUCACUGUAACAGAGGGAAUUGGGAAAAAGAUUCUGAGCGCCUCAUGUUCAUCCAAUAAAGCAGAUACAGUAGAACAAGGAAUAGGAGCCAAUAAUGCUGGACAGAAAACUUUCGUAUGUACAUGCUAUGGACAAGGAAGCUACACUAACUUCCCGCCAGGCAGUAUGAUAUGUUACAUAACCUACACAGAGUGUCCUCUGAUCUCAUGAUCACUUUCCAAACAAACUUUUUAUACUUCCAAACAUCAUUCACCAUUGUGGUUCCAAUAUGACGUUUUGGACUAAAGGCCUUGAUAUUUGGCGAUAGGCAAUUCAACUUGYUGAUCAAUGUCGGCUAUCGCUUGUCGUAUAGAACCUCUAUGGCCAACGUCUACAGCGCGGGCCACUUGACAAUUCUGAGAGCGGGGUGGCGGCUAAGUCAGUAGAGGUUCUACUGUAGUUGCAAUCCAUUGUAGAACUGAAUUUUUCGUGGUUUUAGACAGUUCUUAGUUAUUAACUCUUUAUAUAAUUUUAAAGAUUUUUUAAGCAGAAAAUUUUCAACUUUUCAAGUUUUUAGGGGGCU